UAGCUUUUGUUGCCUAGCACCACCACACAUCACAACGUAUGCCUCUCGCUGUCUGUGAAACAGGAUCAGUACAGCCCCACACUGCAGCCAAACAGAACUCAUCCCACAUUAGAGACCGACUGGGAAGAGACAGACCCACAAACACAAAGCAAGCAGCCAUGGCCUCAGAACUGGAGCUUCACUUCUGUGAAGACAGCCAUCUUACAGAGUGCAUGAGGCUGCGGGCUCAAAGCGUGCAGGACAGGAACCAGACGCGUCAGGAUGGUGAGAAGCUGCUGCGGCCCAAGGAGUAUGUGUACCGGCUGGAGUUCACCGAGCAGAAGCUCAAGUUCCAGAAGUGGAACAUUCAGCUGGGCGUCCCGGGGAAGAUCAUCAUCACAGGCACCUCCCAGCACUGGACACCCGACCUCACCAACCUCAUGACCAGGCAGCUCCUGGACCCUGCUGGGAUCUUCUGGAAGAAGGAGGGGGAAGACCAGAUCCAGUGCUACGAGGCAGACGCCCAGGAAUUCGGGGAGCGGAUAGCGGAGCUCGCCAGGAUCCGAAAGGUGAUGUACUUCCUGGUGACGUUCGAAGACGGCACAGAUCCAGCCAACAUCAACUGCUCAAUAACUUUCAAAGUGUGAUUGGCGAAAUAUUUUUCACUUGCUUACUUUCUUACUUGUUUGUUUGUUUACUUAUUUUAACUUGCUGCAGUGGGAAGGGUUUUCUUGCUGUGUUUCUCCGCCUACAGUAGACGUCCUGUAUGUAAUUCUAUCGAAUAUGUUUCUUUGUGCUUUAAUGUUUGAAUGCUUGAAUAUGCACAUUGUGCAACUGGGACUAAAAAACUGUGAUUGAACCUGCUCUAAUACAAAUAGGCAUACAGUGAAAAAAGCACAGAGUAAUAACAAGCAAGCUUUCUGUAUACCGCUUCUGCUCUAAAUGCAGAAUGUAUUAUGUUUGCCCACAGUUUGAUGUUUUUGUUUGUUUGUUUUUGCAGAGUAUAUAGCAGAAAUGUAUCUGUUCCGUGUUCUGAAUAAUUCCAGCACCAGUUUAUUAGAAAUAUGCUUAAGAUGACACGUUUCUAUUUUUAAGCUUACGUAAUAUUAUAUAUAUAUAUAAAAGUACAAAUAUAUAAUUGUGAAGCAGCUGCAUUAAAGUAUAUGGCAGAUUUACUCAUCUAAUAUAAACUGUAUUUAUGAGAACAGUCCUUGAUCUGUGUGCGCCAGUAGACCAGCUGUUAAACACCACUACUGGAAAAGGCUUUGGAAGCAGCAAGCUGGUGACACUUUGAUGGUAUUGAUUGUAUUUCAUGACAUGUCCCCUCAAGGCGCUAAUUACAAUGGAGUACUCCACAGGGAGAUUUUAGUGAUGAAAAAAUCAUCCCGCUUGGCUUGUUUGCAUCCUUCCCAAAUUCACAGCUACAACAUUCUGAAUGUCAAACAUUUCCAGGGCUCCAAAAUAAAAAUUACCCUCAUCUCUCAAUACUCACUUUGCAAAUAAUGCAGUACAAAGAAAAUGCCUGUAUCAUUAUAGUGUAAUGUGUUAGGUUUCUUUUUUUUUUAGAUUAAAAAGGUGUUUUUUUGUGUGCAUUUUUUUAAAACAAGCUCACACAGUUAAGAUAUUAAAACUAUACAUGACACAUUUGCAUAUGACCAGAACUAAAACUACAAAACAAAAAACUACGAAAAUGAUAUUCUGAUUAUUGUAAAAACGUGUACACAUUACUUGUAAUGAUCAAUUAUACCGGUGCUAUCAAAAGUGUGAUUUCUAAUUUAUAAAACAAUGAAUCUGUCAUUGUAAUGUCAGUUCCAGUAAACGAGACACCAAGAUAAACAGAAAUAUGCAAUAUGUUUUUUUUUUUUUUUUUUAUAAAUCAUGAAGGUCUUUAUUUCUUUCAAUGUCAGUUUCCCUUUAGAAAAUGACUGGUAUUUGAAUUAGCCCUGAACUCCCUGAAAUUUUAAAACUAGUGCAAAAAUAAAAUAAAAAAUAAAGCUACUAGAAACUGCAAGUACAUAUGUGGUGUCAUUACUUCAUAGAUCUCACUUCCAAUUAUAAAAGGCAUACACAUUAUGGUAAACGUGAAUUAGAACACCUUUACUUUCAUUGCUGAGGGACUUCUAAAGAACUACAAAUCCCAGAAUCCUCCUGCUUUUGCUCCCCAUUGCAGUACCAUAAACAAUCACAGCUGUUUGCUAUGACUGAUGUGUUUUCAAUGUCUCUGCAUUCCCAAUGGGCCCUCUUGCAGGAAGUGCAGCAAUGAAAUAUUUUUCAGGGAGCCAUCAGUCCAUUUUACCCAUUAAUGCUGUGAAUAAAGUAACAUUACAAAAUCCAAAAUGCACCUUUACUCUGAUGUGUUCAUUAAGUAAUGUAGUUGUACAUUUUAAAUGUUGUAAACUCUAAAACAAAUAGAACACAUUUUCUCUUGAGCAAAUGCAAAAAAACCCCUGUCCCUUUGAACUACUGUACAUGUACCAAUGUCUUGUAUAAAUACAACUGUAGAUUCACAUCAAUGAUCUGUAACCCUACAGUACUUUUAGAUACAGUCAUGCAAUAAUACCCAUGGAAAAUAGAACAGUCGAUUGGAGAAAGAAUUCUAUUAUUGUGUCAUAUUGUGUUCUUCUAUAUUGUAUGUAAUAGAAAGUGUAAUAGGCCUUUGUUAUACGAUUGAAUAGAUGUAUAGUGCACAGCCUACAGAGCCUUUUAUUUUGGGUUUCGUAGAAAUUCAGGAACUGUAAGCCCACGGUACUGGCAGACCGAUAAAUACAUGUAAAUUGCGUUACUGUGCCUUUAUUAACAGCAUAUCAUUGCUUGUUUUAAACGGGAUGUCCUUGCGAGAGGGAGACCAUUGGAAAUAACUGAUAAUAGGCCGAUUAGGGGGUACUGUCUGCAAGCUGCAUAUUUCAGAUUAUUUUGCAAGGUCAGACACUGGGGAUUGUAUGCUGGAGCUUCAAUGUACAUUAAACGGUGCAGUUCUGAGGAAUCACAGCCAUUGGGACAUAUGGGAUUUUAUAGAGAUGAAUAGAUACAGAAACAGACAAACAAACAAUUCAUAGUUGACCCCAGUUCUUAGAAAAUCUAUACAUUGUACCACUACACUUGUGAGACAGGCUGCUCAUUAAAAAAAUAAGCGUCCAUAUAUUCAGAAUAUGGAAACUGAACACAGAUUUGGCUAUGCAGUACCAAAUAUUAGCACUAUUAUGUGUUGUGUUUUCCCCAAGAGCAGCAAAACAAAAGUACAAAACUGAUCUAAAAUCCCUUACUUUCCAGUAAAGCACAGCGGGUUUCUCUUGAUCAUUCAGCUAGAUUAUAGAUUUCACACAAAUAUUCCCUUCAGUGGCACCAUGUACUGUCUGAUGUAAUUCAGGUCCGAGGUGAGUUUGUAUUUCUCAACAGACAAUAAUUACUAGAGAGCAUUCUAAGUGGCUUCAGAUUCUAAGUAACAAGUUCUCUUGGGGUGGCGCAGGGUAUUUCUGAGAGGGAGCACUGAAACUGAAUCUGAAAUCAACAAAACACCUUUUAUUGAGCAGGUCUCUAUUACAGCUUUAUGGCAAUUUGCCAUGUUCUGGUGUGUUUCAAUUAUCUGAAAUAAAAACACAUUGGAAAUGUGAAAGAACGGCAAGUUAUCAAAAGUGCCCAGCCAUUUAAAGUGGAGAUAUCAAAAACACAAGCCAAGUUUCAAGAAACCAUUGGGGCAACCUUGCCCAGCACAAGGCAAAUAGGCACACAUAGGUAAAACCGAUGGGGGUCAAGGUUGCCCCAAUUGUUUCUACUAACUUGGCUUGUGUUUUUAAUGCAAGUUCGAUCUGCUUUUAUUGUGCCUGAAAAACACAAGCCAAGUUAGCUGGUUCUUAUAUAUAAUGUGUGUGUGUGCUAUAGUAUGUAUGUUCAAUUCAAUGAAAGUGUCAUUCAAAUCAACUACAUUUUUGCAAACAGAAAUAAAUCAUUUAAUAUGAAUGAUAUAGGACGUCAAAAUAAAAGUGUUCCCUAGUAUAUUUCCAUGUUGACAAUACAAGUUAAUUGUCAUUAAAACUCAGAUGCCCUGUAAUAUACAUAUGCAUGGAUAAAG